GCUGGGGCUUUCACCCUUUCAGUUUUGUUUGGCCAGGACAAUGCGAAGCCUUCUUCCCCGGGCGGCCACCGCCUCUUUGUUGUCCCUGACCCAAGUCCCCGCCUCUGCGCUCAGGACGGCCUUGUCUGCCAGUGUGACUCACCGCCCCGUGACUCAGGGUGGCAUUGAGGGGGCCGAGGGCCGCACGGAGUGGGUGACUUCGGGGCCAGCGAGCUGCUCAUGCCUCCUCGGGCCAGGACCAAGACGGCACUGGGCCCAGUGGUGGCAGCGACUCCUCGGCACCUCGUGUGGAAAGCAAGGCUGCGUCCGCCCGUCCCUGUCCCCGGUGCCUCGUCCCCAGACAUGGAGCCCAGCUACGGGGGAGGCCUUUUCGAUAUGGUGAAGGGAGGCGCGGGGAGGCUCUUCAGUAACCUGAAGGACAACCUGAAGGACACCCUGAAGGACACCUCCUCCAGAGUGAUGCAGUCUGUGUCCAGCUACACAAAGGGAGAUUUAGACUUCACUUACGUCACCUCCAGGAUUAUUGUGAUGUCCUUCCCUGUGGACACGGUUGACAUAGGCUUCAGGAAUCAGGUGGAUGACAUCCGGAGCUUUUUGGAUUCCAGACAUCUGGACCACUAUACAGUCUACAAUCUGUCUCCCAAGUCUUACCGGACUGCCAAGUUUCACAGCCGGGUCUCAGAGUGCAGCUGGCCCCUCAGGCAGGCCCCCAGUCUGCACAACCUCUUCGCCGUGUGUCGGAAUAUGUACAACUGGCUGCUGCAGAACCCCAAAAACGUCUGUGUGGUCCACUGCUUGGACGGCCGGGCCGCCUCGUCGAUUCUGACCGGUGCUAUGUUCAUCUUCUGCAAUCUCUACUCUGCUCCUGGCCCUGCCAUCCGGUUGUUGUACGCAAAGCGGCCGGGAAUCGGACUGUCACCGUCCCACAGGAGGUACCUGGGCUACAUGUGCGACCUCCUGGCGGACAAACCCUACCGCCCUCACUUCAAGCCGCUCACCAUCAAGUCCGUCACUGUCAGCCCCGUACCCUUCUUCAACAAGCAGAGAAGUGGGUGUCGCCCUUACUGCGAUGUGCUGAUCGGGGAAACCAAAAUAUAUUCCACCUGCACGGACUUCGAACGAAUGAAAGAAUAUCGUGUCCAGGAUGGAAAAAUCUUCAUUCCCUUGAACAUCACGGUGCAGGGAGACGUGGUCGUCUCCAUGUACCACCUGAGGUCCACCAUCGGGAGCCGGCUGCAGGCCAAGGUGACCAACACGCAGAUAUUCCAGCUGCAGUUUCACUCUGGAUUCAUCCCCCCGGACACCACUGUCCUAAAGUUCACCAAGCCUGAAUUAGAUGCCUGUGAUGUACCAGAAAAGUAUCCUCAGCUGUUUCAAGUGACGCUGGACGUGGAACUCCAGCCCCAUGACAAGGUGGUAGACCUGACCCCGCCGUGGGAGCAUUACUGCGCGAAGGACGUCAACCCCAGCAUCCUCUUCUCUUCCCACCAGGAGCACCAAGACACUCUGGCCUUAGGCGGACAGGCUGCGGUAGACGUGCCACCUGACAACCCCAGGCAUCCCGGGCAAGGCGGCUUCUUCUCGUCUCUCUGUUGGCAAGAUCAGAAACCGGAGAGAUCCUGCGAGGAGGACCACGCUGCCCUGGUGAACCAGGAGAGCGAGCAGUCGGACGAUGAGCUCCUGACCCUGUCCAGUCCGCAUGGCAACGCCGACGGCGACAGGCAUCACGGGCCCAAGAAGCCCAGCAAGAAGCAGCAGGAGCCCGCAGCGGCCCCGGCCCCGGAAGAGGUGGACCUGCUGGGCCUUGAGGGGUCUGACGUGGGUCAGAACUUCUCUCCGCCGGCUCCCCCUCCCACCAACACGGAACUGCUCAGCGACCUGUUUGGGGGCACGGGUGCUGCUGGCCCAGCCCCGGUGGGACAGUCGGGGGUGGAGGACGCGUUCCACCCCAGCGGGGCGGCGUCCGCUCGAUCCACACCACGCCGCGCCGCCGCCUCCAGCUCUGCAUCGCCUACCCUGCGUGUGGGAGAAGGUGCCACCUUUGACCCAUUUGGAGCCUCUGCUAAGCCGUCAAGCCAGGACCUGCUGGGCUCCUUUCUGAGUACAUCCAGCGCGCCCAGCGACCCUUUCCUUCAGCCCACGAGAAGCCCCUCACCCACUGUGCACGCGUCUAGCACCCCUGCCGUGAACAUUCAGCCGGAUGUGUCUGGAGCCUGGGACUGGCACGCUAAACCAGGAGGCUUUGGAAUGGGAAGCAAAUCAGCUGCCACCAGCCCGACAGGGUCUUCGCACGGCACCCCAACGCAUCAGAGCAAGCCCCAGACUCUGGACCCUUUCGCCGACCUCGGGACACUAGGCAGCUCUUCAUUUGCCAGCAAACCCACCACACCCACUGGCCUGGGUGGAGGAUUCCCACCUCUCAGCUCGCCACAGAGAGCCUCUCCCCAGCCCAUGGGCAGUGGGUGGCAGCAAGGGGGUGGCUACAGCUGGCAGCAGUCACAGUCUAAGCCACAGCCCAGCAUGCCACACUCCUCGCCCCAGAACCGGCCCAACUACAACGUGAGCUUCUCUUCUGUGCCUGGGAGCCAGGGUGAACGUGGGAAAGGACCCGCUAAUUUGGAAGGGAAACAAAAAGCAGCUGACUUCGAAGACCUCCUUUCGAGUCAAGGUUUCAAUGCUCACAAAGACAAAAAGGGACCUCGAACAAUAGCUGAGAUGAGGAAGGAGGAGAUGGCGAAAGAGAUGGAUCCGGAAAAGUUAAAGAUUCUGGAGUGGAUAGAAGGCAAGGAGAGGAACAUCAGAGCCCUUCUGUCCACGAUGCACACGGUGCUGUGGGCUGGGGAGACCAAGUGGAAACCCGUAGGCAUGGCGGACUUGGUGACGCCAGAGCAGGUGAAGAAAGUGUACCGGAAGGCCGUGCUGGUGGUGCACCCAGACAAGGCUACCGGGCAACCGUAUGAACAGUAUGCAAAGAUGAUUUUCAUGGAGCUCAAUGAUGCCUGGUCUGAAUUUGAAAACCAAGGACAAAAGCCCUUGUAUUAAUGUGUGCGCCUUUGUAUCUCAGCUGCAGACCUGUGCUAAUGCUUAGUGUGUAUCACAAUUCCGAGGUUUGCACAGACGAAUGAAAAACGCCAGUAAUGUAUUUCCAGUACUAAACUGUUAAGUUACUCACGAAUUAAUUUCUCACGGUAAGGACUGUGGAUGUUUGGUUUCUUCCAGCCAUAAAAGAGCCAAAGCAUGAGAGGGACUUUAGUGGGGUGGUCCUGCAGAGGCUCGACAUUCCCGCCUGCCCUUUGGGGAGCCUGCCUGGCGGGUAGCUGGGGGGAGAUGGAAAAUUGAGGCCACCGAAGAGGAAGGCGAGUCGUCCAUCUCAUUGUCUGUGAAGGAGACUGAGGAGCGAAAGUCACCCUAACAGGGUUGCCUGAUGGUUUUAAAGAAUGGUUUUCAGUUUUCCCUGGAAAGAUAUAAUUUGAACGAAGGCUUUGCACAGAUUCCAGGAACACAACCACCAAGUAUUUUCUUUUAAUUCCUACGGCCUGUAGCAUCAUACUGUAUAUGCCUCUUGGCAAGAGCACUGACAGAAGGGACUGGAUUAGAGGGAGUGCUUAGGCUGCUAGCAGUUCUUCCCGGGAAAACUCCCCUAGUGCAGAGCUGCUGAAGAGCACGGAAACUGGGAGGGUGUAGAUAUCUUGUGGUCGGGAUGUUGGGUUGCUGCCUUCCUUUCCCUUCAGAAACUGUGGUUGAUGAAAGAAAAAGUCUUAUCAGAGCAGCUUCAAACCUGAUUUGAAGACUGACACUUCUAAUUUGCCAUAAAGGCUUAGUGUUCUUUCUUUUGCUUUGACAAGAAAAUUUUCUUAGCAGGAAGCAGGUCAUAAAGCAGGCAGCCCACUCGCAGUCUGCCAGGACCCGAGGCUGGUGUGGACUCAGUUCUGCAGGGCGAGUGAGCAGCCGGGCGCAAGGGGGUGGCAGGUACCCCAGCACUGCUCGGGGGAGGGGCUGCACACGGCGCCGCGCCGCCUUCUGACCGACUCAGGAGCUUUGCCAGUGUUUGCUUUAAGGGACCAGGUCCCCCCUCCCCUGAUGAAUUUGGACCCCGGAUUUUUGCAGUGGGGUUUAUUGUUUUAAAGGGAGAUGGAGGCCCACAUGAAUGACAUUCACACAAGGGACCUUUGUGAAAGCAAAGCAAGACUGAAACUUCCAGGCCGCAGCCUGGUUGGAUUUUAGUGCUGUGUGUUGGGCUGGUUCUCCUAUUGAGAUAAGCAGUUCUUUCUUCUGUGACUUCAGUAGAUCUCUGAGUGGCAUAGGUACAGUGUGCAUAAUAUAUAUCAUAUAUAUAUGCACAGAGCAGGUGGGCAAGAGGAGGUUUCCAUGCUCAUCUUAAAGGGUUCAUGCUCAAUUUGUGAAAAGCUUCAAAAGUUGUUUUUAAAAGACAAUCAUUUUUUGUUUGCUUUAAUUUUCUUGCAGCAAACUAUAGAAAAGACAGCAUGUCAAAAAUACUUUAGGUUCUACAUAGAGAUCUUUUUUUGGCUAUAAAGGUUCAUUAUUUAUUUUUUCUUUACUGACAAUGUGAAAGUUGCAGAAAAUGUUCUUUUUAAAUAUACAGCCGAAACUGUUCCAGGUAACCAUAACUAGGUGUUAUUUAUUAACGUAUUGUAAAAUGUUUGACCCACUAUGUGCUUGUCUUAUUUAAAAUUGGAAUGUGAGACACGUUGCUGUGACCCAUUAUUUUUUCCUCAUUCACAUCUGUAGAUAUUGUGUGAACUAGAGUAUAUAAUGAUAAUUAAAAGGCACUAUGUGGAUGUCAUGUACAUUUUGAAAUGAUAGGACUCUAUUAGCUUUGUAUUAUGUUUGAAUAAUUCAUUAACAGUUUAAAAACAGCAUUAAGCCCUCUGUAAUUAGCAAUGAGAAAGGAUCUUAUUUAACUUAAAUUUGGGGGUUUCCCUCAACUUUUUUCCAGAUACAUUAUAAUUCUGGACCCCUAUUUAUCUUAAAACUCUUAACUUAUGCAGGCCAACAUGUUUUUUGCAUUCCUUUUAAUUAUCUGGUUGUGACAGAGCUUGAUGUUGAUCAGAUUCACUGUUUCAUUCAUAUUUAUUGUAAUAUAUUUUUGUUUGUAAAUAUGUUAUACACAACAAAAUGUGAUUGGUCUAAAAUAUUUGUAAUGUAUAUUAAAAGGCUCAAAAAUA